GACAGUUCCUGAAAUAACUGUGAUGCAACAAGUAGAUGUGAUGAUGUACAUGAUAAAAUUAAUGAAGGAAAUCAAAUACCGUUCUGGAAUAAUACAAUUUCAGAAUACAAUUACAGAAAAUAUAUUUGUCACCGGACUAAGCCUAUGACGUUUAAAAAAGACAUAAAAUGCCCCCUUCCCUCCAGAUAGAUAAUUAAAUCCAUGUGUGGGAUAUCAACUAUAUAUGUAUAGCACUCUUUAAAAUGACAUCUAUUGAUGGUUUAACAGAAUUUAAAGAUCGGCCAACAGAUAAGAAGCUCUUUUGAUAUUGCACUAAACUAAAGUCUCCUUCUUUCAGUACUUUAAAUUGACAGAUCUACAACAUUUAGUUUAAUAUAUCAAUUGAAUUUAAAACAUUUUCUCUGCAGGGAGUGACGUCAACUGGAUUAAAAUACAAGAAUUUGGAAAGUGUGAUUUCGUGCCAUGGAGAGGGAAUACCUAUGAACUUACUUUUGAUACACAUACAUAGGGACUACCAAAUAGGAAGCUUGAGAACCAAAUUUCAUGCAGAAGCAACAUUUUAAGGAUGGAUUCUGCAGAGAAACAGGCAUUACAUAACCUACGACAAGACUUACAGAGCCACAUGGUUAUAACAGACCGUAUUCUCAGGCACCUGCUACAACAUAAUAAAAUCAGCAAAUCCGAGAAAUAUGAUUUAUCAAUUCAUGGAGCAAGUUCGCAAAAAAUCAAGAAGCUUAUACAGAUCCUGCAGAACAGGGGACAGACCCUCCAGAUAAUGACGGACGCUCUACUACUGGAGAAUCGCAAUAAUUUCAUUGUAAAGAAACUAAAUAAGAAAGUGCGUUUUUAUCGUUCAAGACAAGAGCAGGAAGAUAACCAAACCAAAACACAUAUCAGCAAUCAGCUGAAUCCAAUUAGUGAAAUCUUAUAUAGGAAAGGAUAUCGAGUCCUGUAUGGAUCAUGUCAUAAACAAGUGUAUCCUAAAGGACAUCAGAAGCUGGUGGAGGGAAUGAACAGUUUUAUGAAAACUAUUGAGGAUUGUAGGGACACUUUUACCGGUUGUGAGACUCGACAUUUCCAGGAUAUCGUCAAGGAUUACUGUGAAAAAAAGGAAAGGGAAAUCAAGGAUGCAAAAGCCCUUUGUGCCAAAUUAGUCAAAGUUAAAAACUGUGAACUUGACGAGAAGUCAAAGGAUGUGAAUUGCCUGAGUGAAGAAGUAGAAAAGCUUAGGAGAGAAAAUGAAGUUAUACGCAAAAACAUGGACAACGAAAUUCGAGAAAAAGUUCGAGAAGGAGUUCGUCAAAGUUUGUUAUCGAUGCCAAUGUUGAGUUCAUGUUUAGGAAUACAGACUUUUGAUAGAGCAAGAGAGCACUCAGAAUCUACAGAAUUUACACAGAAUAGUGACCAAGGAUCAUUCUAUGAUGCUGACCCCCAUGAGAAUAGUGAGGACGAGGAGGAGGGAUUCCCAGCAGAAACAGCUGAUGAUGACAGUGAAGUGGAGUGCCCUGCUACACGGAUCACCCAUAAUUACAAUAUAUUCAACAAUUAUAUGUAUAGUGAAUCGAAAGUUUAUCAGAGCUAGGCAAUCAAAUUCUAAACAACAGGAGGAUGUGAAUUUCUUCUUAGUGAAUAGUGAAAAAAAGAAGAUUGUUUGUGAAAUACUGAUGCCCCCCCCCCCCCCCCCCCCCCCUACAGUAGCAAAGUAAUUCUGGUACCCAAAGAGUAGUCUUGUCACUUAGAAUAUGUGUAAAUAUGAAAUCCCUACAAUCAACCAUUCAAAAGUUAUGACCAAGGUAAAAGUUUUUCAAAAGUAGGUCAAACCUCAAGGUCAAGGUCACAAAGUACAAUAUUUUGGUACCAUUAAAAGAAAGGUCUUGUCACAAGGAAUAUACAUGUGAAAUAAAAAAUCCCUAACAGUAUACUUAUUCAAAAGUUUAAUGGGCAAGGUUAAAGUGUUUGCAUACAGACAAGCCCAUUAACAAACAGACAGACCAAAAAACUAUAUGCCCCCAAAUCUUCAAUUAUGGGAGCGUAAAAAUCAAAAUUAUUUUACAAAUCUAACUGUGCCAAACUAUAUACAUGUAUAGAUUUACUUCAUGUUAUGAAUUAUAAACGUAUUUACUGAUAUGUAUUUAUUUUGUUGUGAAUACAGUGUGAGUAGUAGUAGACGUAACACGUGACACAUGAGUGGCAAUGUAGACACUUUUAAACAUUUAGUGUACAAAUUUUGCUGUCGUUAAAAGACUCAGACAACACAAAGAACAUUUUAAAAUAACGCGCUCAAUGCUUUUUGAAAUAAUUGCUUUCAUCCAAAAGUAAACUUCUAUUCAAAAAGUCUUUUUCUAGCAUUGUCUACCUUCCAAAAGACCCAUGUUAUCACUGCCCUCAAGUCUUGUAUUUUUGCCAACUGUUGUCAUUCUAUUCAAUAGUGGCUUUAGAUAUUGUGAAAUGCAUACAAGACUUUGUAUCCAAGUAUACUUGCCCACUAGUUAAUACAUUAUAGUUACAGUUAUUAUACACAAAGCAGUGCCAACAGUUAUCCCAUUGUUCCAAUGUCUACCAGCAUCAUUUUUGUGUUAUAUAAUAAAAAUCACUGUUAAGUUUGCAAUAUAUUCAUUGUUAUUUAAAACAUGUUACAAAGACAUCAGAUAUAUAUGGUGUCGGGUAUUAAACAUUUAGGAUUAGCAUAUCUUUGCUCAUGCCUAAUUGCCUAUAAUAUUUGGUGUCAUUUGUUAUCCAGAUCGACAUUAAAUAGAUACAACUUGGGUAUUAGUAAUGCUAAUGGUUGUUAAUGCUUAUUGUUUUAACUUUUUAUAAGUACUUGUCAUGUUAUGUUUGUAUUUAAAAUAAAUCGAUAUAUGAACUAUA